GAGUACGUGACAUAACGUUUUCUUAUAACGUCACCCGUACGCGACAGAGAGACAGCCACCUAGCUACGCAGUUGUUUGCUUUAUCGGAUUUGUUGGAAUUUUCCACUACGGAGUUUGUUUACAAUAUAGUUUAGACGUACCGUGUAGACUGGCGGAUAAUAUACCUAAACAAAACCGGAACGGAGCAUUUCGAGAAAUAGUUGCGAUCUCUUCGGGGCUACGUGUCGCAGUUCAUCUGUUUUUUGUUUUGGACUUUGAGGAGCGGAUGGGGUUAACUAACUGUUAGCAUCGUUCGGUUAGAUAAGCUACUGCAGCCCGGAGCGGUGUUAGCCUUUAGUAGUUGAGAUGGAGUUUGUUGGAGUUGGCGGAGGAACAGGUGGAGUGGUGGUGAGCGGUGGUAACGUUCCGGCCUUUCUUACUAAACUGUGGACCCUUGUGGAAGACCCGGAGACAGACCCUCUUAUCUGCUGGAGCCCGAGUGGAACCAGCUUCCAUGUUUUCGAUCAGUGCCGGUUCUCUAAGGAGGUCCUACCAAAGUUCUUCAAACACAACAACAUGGCCAGCUUUAUUCGACAGCUCAACAUGUAUGGUUUCCGUAAGGUGGUGCACAUCGAGCAGGGCGGCUUGGUGAAACCAGAGAAAGAUGACACAGAGUUCCAACAUCCAUUUUUCGUCAGAGGGCAAGAGCACCUGCUGGAGCACAUCAAACGAAAAGUCACCAACGUGUCGUCGGUCCGUCAAGAAGAAAUGAAGAUCUCGACAGACGAAGUCAACAAAAUCCUGAGCGACGUUCAGCUGAUGAAGGGAAAACAGGAAACCAUCGACUCCAGGAUCAUCGCCAUGAAACAUGAGAAUGAGGCUUUAUGGAGGGAGGUGGCCAGUCUGAGACAGAAACAUGUGCAGCAGCAGAAAGUUGUCAACAAGCUGAUCCAUUUUCUGGUGUCUCUUGUCCAGACCAACAGAAUCUUGGGAGUCAAGAGGAAGAUACCCCUGAUGCUCAAUGACUCCAGCUCCGCCCACUCUAUGCCGAAGUACAGCCGACCCCUGACCCUGGAGCACAUUCAGAACGCAGCCGCCAAUCUCCUCUCUCCGGAUUCGCCGCUGAAUUCUGGACCGAUCAUCUCGGACAUCACAGAGGAAGCGCCGUCCUCCCCAGAGGACGCGGCCACUGACUGGACCGACCUGGAAGAGAACCACUCGACUUUUAUCAAAGAGGAGCCGUGCAGUCCUGAGGUGGAGGAGUGUCCUGUUCUGGAGGUGGAGCAGGAUUCACUCCCAGCAAACGUUGACACGCCUCUGUCCCCCACCACCUUCAUCAACUCUAUCCUUCAGGAGGAAACGCAGCUGCCGCAGGUCACCUCCUCCUCCUCCUCCACCACCACCACAGCUACCACCACCAUCACCCCAGCAGCUCCGCCUGUUGUUGUGAUGAGCUCUGCCUCUGCCGGGCCCGUUCAGUCGACUCCUACCGUCAAAUCUCCAUCCCCUGUUUCCAGCUCAAACUCCGCCUCGGUCCCAAGCCCCGCCAAUCCUAAACAGAAAUGUCAGACCAUCGCCCGUCUCGACAGGUUCCUCCCCCCACCGCCUGCAGGUGGACACACACCUGAUGUUUGGCGCGUCCUAUCGAAACAUCCUGAGAAGUUCGAACUCUCCGAUCACGUCGACAGUAUUGACAACGGUUUAGAGAACCUGCAGGGUAUUUUGAACUCUCAAACCUUCACCUUUGACCCGUCUCCCCUCAUGGAGUUCUUCAGCUCAUCCAUUUCCUCUGCAGACUUUGACAUCGAAAGUUUGGAUAAUCUGCUGUCUGACGAAGCCCCUAAAGAAAGCGAAGACAGAACAGGCAAGCAGCUGGUGCAGUACACCGCCACGCCUCUGCACCUGUCUGAGCCGGUGGUGCUGGGGGAGGGUGACUCCGAACUCCCGUCCCUCCUGGAGUACGAGACGGAGCCGCUGUUCAACUCGGAGGCGGCUGGCGACGACCCGCCCGACAUCCUGCUGAGCCCCUCCCAACUGGACUCUAAUCUCUAAUAUCCUGAAGAAUGUAAUGACUCCUCAGUAACAACAUGGCACUGGGCAGCAGCUCAGCAGCAGCAAUAGACGACGACAAAGAAAUCGAUGGGUUGUAGAUCAAUCAUUAGGUCAAAUGUCAUGUUUUUAUCAGGCAGAUGUUAUUAAUCGAUAUUAAUCCAUUUCUAUACUUUAGGAUUUUUAUUUUAGGUUUUAUGUUUGUGUUUGCCACCUAAAUCAAAACCUUCUUUGUUGCUUGUUGUAAAAAACAAAAAAAAAAGAUGAAAAGUUUAAAAAAGACAAACAAACCGGGGUCACAUGCGCCUGCUGGUGCAUUCAGGGACAGAUCUGGAGGCGGUCGCACAGCGCGUGAUGUCGGGGUCAUGUGACCCUGGUGAUCGCCGCGUUGCAUGUUUAAGUCACAUUUGAUGGCUGUAUUUGUUUUCACGUUUAUAAUUUAAGCAUAAAGAAGAGGAUCGGAAUA